AGUUAGCAGGCUAUGGCUAACACUAGGUGAUUACGCUGGUGGAUUGCUAGUAAUAAAUCGUUCCGUUUAGUAAUACUAUGCAAUAGGUUAAGUAAUCUAGUGAAAAAUAAGAAAGUUAUAUUAUGUGAAUAGGAAUAAAGAGAAGGAUUUAGGAUAAACUCCACGAAGCUCCGAGCGUAGGUCAGACAGCAGGCAGGCAGCAGCGUUGAGCAGCGUUGAACCGGAAGAACCACAUCAUCAUUUGCUCCAGGAGCUGCGCCUGGAUGACGGCCGCUUUCAGCGGUACUUCCGCCUGUCUCGCGCCCAAUUUGAUGACCUGUUGUCCCGCGUCGGAGCGAGGAUCACCCUCCAGGACACCAACUACAGGCGCUCUAUCCCAGCUGCGGAGCGCCUGUCCAUCUGUCUUCGGUUAGUAAAUGUGUAUGUAUUUUAAAUGCAGUAUAUUAUAUAUAUUAAAUACAGUACGCUAAAAUACGCUAUGCUAUCAAUGUUUCUCAAACUACGGAUACCACUGUUGGUGCUCUUUCUACUGAUACUCAGUAGGUCUUUGUAUUUUAAGUCCUGAUUUAAUUUUAUUUAGACCUGAUUUUGUUCUGGUAUAAUCGUGGUUUAGACCUGGUUGAGUCCUACUUUUGUCCUGGUUUAGACCUGGUUUUUCAGUCACAGUUUAAUCCUUGUUAAUUUGUGAUUUAGGCUUCCUUUAAAUUCAUUAAAGUGGUACUAUUGCAGUGUACUUAUAAUAAUAUUCUAAUAUUCUAAUAAUAAUAUAUUAUUAUAAUAACAUUAUAAUAAUAUUUAUAACAAUGUUUUCUAGGUUUCUUGCCACUGGGGACUCAUUCAGGACCAUAGCGUCCAGCUACAGGGUUGGUGUCGCCACGGUGUGCCAGAUCGUCCCCCAGGUAGUGACUGCCAUCUGGGACUGCCUUGUGGAGGACUACAUGGCUGUACCCACCACUGAUGACUGGAGGUCCAUCGCAGAGGGAUUCCAGGAGCGGUGGAACUUCCCUCUGUGCUGUGGAGCGGUGGAUGGGAAGCAUGUGGUGAUGAAGGCACCCCCCAACUCAGGAUCCCAGUUCCACAAUUACAAGGGAACCUUCUCCAUCGUUCUCCUAGCAGUUGUGGAUGCAAAGUAUCGCUUCCGGGUGAUCGAUGUUGGGGGGUACGGCAGGACCAGUGACGGUGGGAUUCUGGCCAACUCCGCCUUUGGACAGGCUCUCCGGGCUGGCACACUUCAUCUGCCUCCUGACCAGCCUCUACCUGGUGCUGAAGAAAGCGGACCCCAGCCCCAUGUCUUCGUCGCUGAUGAGGCGUUCCCGCUGCGGAGGAACCUCAUGCGGCCCUUCCCUGGACACACCCUUCCUCCAGAGAGGCGUGUCUUCAAUUACCGUCUCUCCAGAACCACACCAGGCAUUUAGUCAUAUUUCAAAAUAAUUUAUUCAGGCCAAACAUAAAAUAAUUUGAAUAUAAACUUAAAUGUAGGAGAAGAGGAAGGAGGGCAUUCUGCGUUUCCUGCAGAGCCUGCUGCCUCAUUUUUUUUAAAGCCUACUGUGGGCUGUGGGGGUCCGAUUGUUCCAAAUUUAGCACAACGGUGCUGUUUUCCAUCGCCAAUUUGUACAUUUGAAAUUUUAUAAUUUCUUUUGUAUGAGGCGACAUGCUCUGCAGAAAAGGCAGAAGGCUGAGGAGGAAGUGUUCAUCAGCAGACUGUGGUGGUGGUGGUGGUGGAGGACGCCUCAGGAGCUCAAGCAGCGCCUGCUCCACCUCCGACGGACCAUCACGGGGACGCCGGGUGCCUCUCCUCCUCUGUUGGCCUGUGAAAUCAAAAAUACAACACACAGUGCAAUGAGAAGACAGAAAGAUGAUAAUUGAAAUAACAAAAUUGUCUAGAUAUUGGGAGUGAGUGACAUACAUAGCCAGUGCUUAAAUACAAGUGUGAAAUUGUUUUGAACUUGCUUUAACAUAUUUUACAUAAUUAAAGUUAUACUUCAGACAUAUAAACAUUAGGAAGAUAAACAUGUAAAGGAACAGUAGUUAAAAAGUAUGUAUGCAGAUGAUUGGUGGCAUACAUUACAAUAGAAUUUACAAAUACAAUGAUUAUUAGUAAAGGGACUAAUUCACAUAUUGUUUGGACUUUAUGUGAAUGUUAAAGCUAUGAGUGGAUACUGUACUGGUGUUUUCUGCACGUAACAUGUUCAGAUGCUGUUUGUACUAUUGCCUUCACACACCUGUGGGUGCAGCAGCAGGGACUGGGGAGACAGGAGAAGCGGCAGGGGAUCUAGGAUCAGCCUCUUCAUUAUCUGUAGGCUCUGUCAAGACAAUACUAUAUGUUAAUACAACACGUUGGUAACAAUAGUCAUAGAGAGAUUACAUUAUACUCUUCAUCUGUAAACAAUGACCUGGCUUGUGUAAAUUGGCUUAAUUGGAAAACUCACCUGUUUCCGUAUCCCCUGCUUCUGCCUCUACCUCUCCCUGGUCCCUGUGGUGGUUGUACUCCAUGACCUGGGGCUCGACCCCCACCAUGUUACUGGUGGUCUGCUGUGGGGUGACGAAGGGCUCGAGGAAUCCCAGGAUCUGUGAGUACUUCCACUUCUUCACUGACCCUGCUGCUGACCCACUCCUCUUCUCCAUCUCCUUCAGGUACGUGUCCCUGAGGCUUUUCCAUUUUUUCCUGCACACGUCCUCUGAAUAAACACAUUAUCUUGUUAGCGAAAAGUAGCUGUAGGAGGGGAAUAGUUGUAAAAAACGGCGGGAAGGCCGCGGGUCGAUAAACGUGUACGUGACUCAAAAGUGAAAUGUGUAUUUACAACUUACCAGGUUGCCCAAUCUCCUCACCGACACUCUUCCAAGCGAGGUCCUUUUUAUUCCUGUCUCUAUAGAAGUAUGAACUUGUG